AAAACCUGACUGGGCGAACAACAACAAAAACAAUAGGAGGAGACGACUACCCAAGUCGUGUCAGAAUGACACCCAGAACUUAUCAUUUCUUUUGUUGUUAAGGUCAUAUUUAGGUACCUCGUUUUGCAUCUAGAAGAACUGACCCGGGCGUUUUAUAUUUAAGUGUCAAAAUAAGUUUUGGGAAAUCCAGGAAAGGGGCGAAAGGCCACAAUUUCCCGUCGGAGGAAUUGUUCGUCUGAGGAGAUUUGGACUUAGCCUACUAACUUGAUAUACAUGUAGUACGUACAUGGAUUCAGUUACUAUGAAGAGGAGCAGUUGAACUUGGGAAUUAUAAAGAAUCUGUAGUUUGAAUUGUAUGUGAACAUAAAUGUUUAACAUUUUAUUUUUAGUUAGCAUAUUGUAUAACACAACUUGCAAUGUAUGUAUCAAACAUUCAAUUACAGCUCAUUUCUAAAGGGUUGGGAAGAUUGAUUGAAAACUUUUAGUUUUGGGAAUACUGGUUGAAAACUUUAGUGUAUUUGUCAGUUAAAAAGAGGAAUCGUAAGGAAAAUCUACUAUAUGAUUAUGGAACUGAAUUAUAUUAUUGUUUAUCUGUAAUUGUUUCUGUUUAUCAUUAAUUAUUGUUAUACUGUUAUAUUUCCUUGUAUAAUUUUAUUUUGAAUUAUAUAUCUGUGUAUUGUUACUAGAAGUUUCGGUUAAUUAAGAGAUGAAUUAUUUUAUGAUAUGAUUAAAGACAAGAUAGUUUUCACAUUUCUUGUAUUGUUGUAUGUAAUAUUUUUUGCUAUCUAAGAGGGUUUGGAUUUUGUGCAAAAUAAAUGUUUUUGUUCAGCAUUAUUUAGGUCAGUUUUUGUCAAAUUUUUCUGCGAUGGAUGUGGAAAGUGUUUUAAUGGAAAGUGGACAAAUGCUAAACUUAUCGCAGCAUUUUCUCCAUCCAUUGUUUUCAAGUAAUGAAGGAGAAAGUUCGUCAGAGAAAAAUCCCCCCGAAGGAUCCCAGGAUGCAUUUCCCGAGCGCCCUCCAGAGAAGGAACGCCCUUAUUCUUGUGCUAUAUGUGAAAAAAACUUUAUCAAGAAAUGCCACCUUAGUCAGCACAUGGCAAUACACACAGGUGAACGAAGGUUUCCUUGUGAGUUCUGCGGUAAAGGUUUUGUCGAGAGGGGAAAGUUAAACAGACAUCUGAGAAUACACACAGAUGGAUGCCCAUUUGCCUGUGAUUUUUGCCCUGAAAGAUUUGCUCAGAAAGCGGACCUUCUUGUGCAUAGGGAAACGCACGUUGACAAACUGCCCCAUGCUUGUGAUGUUUGUGGCAAAAGAUUUGUUGAAGAGAAGGAGCUUGAAAACCAUUUGAAAUUACACAAAGGAAAAGAUCCAUAUGCCUGUAUGAUGUGCGAUAAGAGCUUUGUUCGAGAAAUCAACCUUGUUAGACACAUGGAAGUACACACAGGUGAGCAGCCAUUCCAGUGUGACAUGUGUGGUAAGAGUUUUUCCACGAAGAAAACAUUUAAACUGCAUCUAAAGUCACAUUUUGCUGAUCUGUCUUUUGAGUGCAUGCUGUGUGGUGAAAAAUUCAAUGAAAAAAUUCCAUUUAAAAGACAUUUGAAGGCACACAAAGGUCCACAGGUAUAUUCGUGUAACAUAUGUAAUAAGACUUUCUCUGAGAAGGGAAAUCUUAAUAAACAUUUGAAAAGACAUACGGGUGAACGCCCAUUCCCGUGUAAUUUGUGUACGAAACGCUUCUUUGACAAGCAGAAACUGAAUGACCAUAUUUUGAGUAUCCACACAACUGAACGACCAUUUUCAUGUGAUUUGUGUGACAAAGCUUUUAUCAAGGAAAGGUUUCUUGAAAACCAUUUGAAAAUGCACAGAGGAGAACGGCCUUUUUCAUGUUACAUAUGUGGUAAAAGUUACGUUGAAAAGCGAAAACUUAAUGGCCACAUGAAAAUUCACUUCCCAAGACGAAAAUUUGCAUGCGAGGUCUGUGGAAAAAGCUUUUUCGCAAAGCAGAACUUCAAUAAUCACAUGAGAAUACAUACUGGUGAAAGGCCAUUCUCAUGUGGUGUGUGCAGUAAGACAUUCAGUGAAAAGAGAACACUGGACAGACACAUGGGAGUGCAUACAGAAGAACGUCCUUAUCUCUGCAAGAUUUGCGGGAAAGGGUUUAAGCAGAAGGAUCAUGUGAAAAAGCACACGGCUUUGCACAUCAAGGAUCAGGCUCCAUUAUACAGGGAAGGCCGUGCCUCCAGGGGUGCUACAGGGCACAAGAGUCUAGAGAAAGAUCUGUUUGAUGAGGACGAAGAGCUGGACCAAGAGUACGAAAGUCCUUCAGAUACUGAUGUGCCUGAUUACGAACACGAAGACGACAAGUCUCUAGUUUUUGGGGAAAAGAAAGACAAUCUUUUGAAUGCCAGCCAGUGCGUUGUAAUGGACUACGACAGUGACAUUAAACCAGAGAUAGAUACAGAAAGUGAUUCGUCCAUCAGUUAUCCUGAUACCUGUGAGCCUGUGGCUGAAAAGGUUCCAUCUGUCAGUUGUUCCACCUUCUGUGGGUCUGUAAUUACUGACCCUAUGUCAGGGGCAUCAGAUGUAUCAGGGAAAGUGACUGACCCUAUAAAUGCAGUUUUCAUAAAGGAAGAAGUUGAAAAUGAUGUAUUAGAUGUAGACCCACUUUGUUAGGGAUUUGAAAUGUUGACAUUUGAUGUUCUUGAACAGUGUUCUUGUAAGAAUUCUAACUGUUUGGUAUCAUCUAUUUGGAUUUUUUAAAAGGAUACAAUAAAUGAACUUGCUUAUUGCUUAUUGUUAAGUAAAUCCUUGUAUUUAUAAAACACAUUGUCAAUAAAAUUACAGCAUUCCA